UUGUUGCAGGCUGAGUCGAAUUCACGAAGAGCUGCGCCAGCCUGGCUAAUACGCUGCUAAUCGCCCUCGGUAAGCCGCACCGGUGUGAUUCGUAAGACCAGUUUGAUCCCUUCAUCCACUCGACAAACGGCCCUGGCAUUUGCAGCUCGCUGAGCAGCAAACGCAGUGCGGUUGUUGGCUGUGUGCCAUUUCACCUUGGCACACUGCUGCGCAUGCGGGUUGCAAUCGUGUACGGUCGCGGCUACGGUAUAAUAGUUGCCGUGCUGCACUGCUGCGCAAGCCAGCAAUGCAAAUCCGCACUGAACGCGCUUGCCGCGACGCCGCGCGCCACCCGACCGCCGCUGUAGCAAAAUCUCUCACGCAACGACUCGAACACCAGGCUCACGACUCUACCCCUCGCAGACAACUCAAAACAUGAAGCUCGCACUCGCUCUCACCGCCGGCACCGCCGCCGCCUUCGUCGCGCCGUCGGCGCCGGCCGCUAAGACGCAGCUCGCCGCCGCGCCCGUCCAGGAAUGGGCCGGCGCCACGGCUCCUUUCGGUUUCUUUGACCCGCUCGGCCUCUCCAAGGACGUCGACGCCGGACGCCUCGCGUUCUACCGCGAGGCCGAGAUCAAGCACGGCCGCGUGCGCCGCCGCGUCCGUCUCCCUUCGAUCGCGAUACCGGGUCGCGAUAGCGCCCCGCCCCGCCACACACCAUCAACGCGCCGUCGCCGCAGGUCGCCAUGCUCGCGUCGGUCGGGUUCCUUUUCCAGGAGCACUACACGUUCACGGGCAUUGACUCGCCGUCGUACGUCUCCUUCGAGCAGCCGGGCCUCGCCGGCGGCCUCUGGCUGGGCCUCGCCGUGAUGCUCGGCAACGUCGAGGGCAAGUCCGUGGAGUCUUUCAUGCCCCUCGACGGCGGCAUCGUCGCGGAGCAGAACGAGUCACGCCUGUUCCGCAUCAAGGAAGACCACUUGCCGGGCGACCUCGGCUUCGACCCGCUCGGCCUCAAGCCGACGAACGACAAGGACCUCAAGUCCAUGGCCACCAAGGAGAUCAACAACGGCCGCUUAGCCAUGGUCGGAAUCGCUGGCAUGGUCGCGCAGGAGCUUGUGUCGGGGAUGAAGAUCUAAACGCGCCAAAGACGAACUUGUACACACACACACGGUGUUUGGUAAACUCUCUUCUUGUGAAUAUUAGAAUAAUACUAGGCGACCGCGCACCUCGAAU